AUGGCUGCGUAUGAGGGCUCGAUAGAUACAAACAUCGAGCCGAACGGAAACUUUGGUAGCAGCGAUCAAGCGACACAACCAAAGAUUGUCAUCAUAAACAAAGGGAAUUUAAUAAUCGGCGACAAUGGCAACAUAUAUGCGCAAGCACCAUCUUGUGGCAGUGGAUUACAAAGAUACCGUACUGACGCUAAUGUUUCGGAAGACGAUACGACAGAAGUUCUCAGAUGCAUUAGCAAAACAUUAAAUAAUAACACUAAUAUGCCACUUUCGGUUGAAGAAAGUUUAGCGCGGGAUGAAAGCAGUCAGCAGCUUCGCACAGAAUACAAACGAGGAAAGCGUAAGGAGGACAGCCUUGUUUGUGAGGUGAGCGACUUUUUGAGGAGGAGAGGUGAAAAAGACGAACGUAAGCGUGCGAAGCGGGGCAAAAGAGAUUCAAGCUUUUCCACUUCAAGUUCAGAUGAAGAGCUAAGAAAUGUCUCGACAUUCAAGGAACUUACACCCGAGAGCGAGAGCGACGUCAACCUUGAACAGGGGCUACGACUGUUUAACUGCUGUAGUAAGCGUUUGCAUCCUCUUCGAGACGAUGGCCGAUGGACUGACUUCGAUUAUGUUGCGCGGAAACUCUUGGAUCUGGCCGGUGGCAACCUGACGUGCCAAAUAAUAAUUUCUCUGGAAAAAAGCCUGCCGUUAAGUUAUCAGAACAGGUUGGAAGAAUCAGAGAAUAUGUUAAACGAAGCGGUAGAGAAGAUUGCAGAAAUAAGAGGAUCAGUUCGGCCUCUCCUUGAAAUGUUGUCAAAAUGCUACCUCGCUGCAAUUUAUCGCCGGAGAAAAAUACUUGACAGAACGGUCAAGUACUUAAACGAGGCAAAGAAAAUAUCGUUUCGAUUUCCGUCAGGUCUUCCAAUCGCGAUCUUACUUUACGAGGAGGGCAGCUACAAACGAGAUUCUGCUGCUUUGUUGAGUGGGGCUCAAAAGAAGAACACCAUUAGGGAGGCCAAAGACUUGCUGCAGAGUUGUGCAGACUUGUGCUGCCGUCUUGAUGGCCAGGACUUGUACGCACGUAAACAACACUUUGCACUUUCGAAAAUAGCGAUCAUGAAUCUUCAGUGCGAAACAAGUGGGACUAGAAGGGAAAAAAUACCAACAACAAACUAUGAAGAAGCACUACAGAGUCUGGAAACCCUUCGAAGCGACUGUUACUGCAAGAAGGAAGCAAAAACAGCGAGAAUCCAGAGACUAAAAGCGGAGGUUGAUAUGUACUACCGCAUCGAAAAGUUCUCUAAAGCUAAAAAAAAAGCCCUAAAAGCGAUGGAACUCGUUGACAGUCUCGAGUUUUACUUAGAAAGAAAGCCUCUCGAAGAAAGAUUGGAGGACAUCCGACGUACAAUGGCAGAAUCAUCAAAGCCAUCGAGCCGAAAGAAAUCCCGAGAGCCACACAGAACAGCUGAAUCUUCUCCAGAUUCGCUGUCUUCCCGAAUUAAUAGGCCGUACUCGUCGAAUACGAGAAUGAGGAGAAAUUUUGAAAGGUGUAUCAUAAUGUAA